AAGUCCUGCCCCUUGCAGAGAACUGCCUGGCUGGUGUGAGCAGCAGCGGUGACCACAGAGGUGGUGGAGAGAUGGCCUUUCGCAGUGCCCAGUCCCCCUUCGUGAACCCAAUCGUCCCCUUCUCUGGGACCAUCCAAGGGGGCCUCCAGGACGGACUUCAGAUCACUGUCAGUGGGACUGUUCUUCAGUCCCACGGAAGCAGGUUUGCUGUGAACUUCCAGAUCGGCCACAGUGACUCGGACAUUGCCUUCCACUUCAACCCUCGGUUUGAAGACGGAGGGUACGUGGUCUGCAACACGAAGCAGAGAGGAGGCUGGGGGUCGGAGGAGAGAAAGAUGGAAAAUCCCUUCCAGAUGGGGAUUCCCUUUGAGAUCCGCUUCCUGGUGCAGAGCUCCCAAUUCCAGGUGAUGGUGAAUGGAAAUUUCUUUACUCAGUACGCACACCGCGUGCCCUUCCACCGCGUGGACACCAUCUCUGUCACCGGCUCUGUGAGACUGUACCACAUCAGCUUCCAGAACUCUCGUGCAGUCUAUUCCCAGCCUGCCUUCUCCAAGACGCAAUUCUCCCAGACUGCCUGUGGCCCACCCAAACCCAAGGGGCGCAAACCGAAACCUCCGGGUUUCUGGCCGGCCAACCCAGCUCCCGUUACGCAAACGGUCAUCCACACGGUGCAGAGCGCCCCUGGACAAAUGUUCCCUAACCCUGUGAUCCCAUCUGUGAUGUACUCCAGCCCCACCUACCCGAUGCCCUUCUUCACCUCCAUCCCGGGUGGGCUGUACCCUUCCAAGAGCAUCAUCGUGUCGGGCACCAUCCUGCCCAGCGCUCAGAGGUUCCACAUCAACCUGUGCUCCGGGAAGGACAUCGCCUUCCACCUGAACCCGCGUUUCGAUGAGUACGCCGUGGUCCGCAACACGAAGAUCAACGACUUGUGGGGGGCCGAGGAGCGCGGCCUGAACCGAAAAAUGCCCUUUGUCCAAGGCCAGAGCUUCCUGGUGUGGAUCAUGUGUGAAGGUCAAUACCUCACGGUGGCCGUGGACGGUCAGCACCUGUGUAACUACUACCACCGCCUGAAGAACCUGCCCGCCAUCAACAGCCUGGAAGUGGCAGGUGACGUCCAGCUGACCCACGUGCAGACAUAGGCGGGAUUCCUGGCCCUGGGGACACCGGCUGGAGCAUGUUGCUGUCUGGAUCCGCUCUUCACCUCCACCUUCCCUGCCCCCGCGCAGCCCCAGCCCCAGCCCCUCCCAGCCCGCCGAGGAUCUGGGCUUUUCUGCAGAGACCAGGUCCUCUGGCCCUGCUUCUGGCUGCAGCCAUCCUGGAGUGGAGAAGGCGGCUGGCUGGGGCUGCCUGCCUCUGUCUGGCAGCACCUGGGGCUCCAGCUGCCCCAGUCCUGUCAUCCGAGGAGAGGGGUGUUCUGUGCAGGCUGAAACCCCAUGUCCAGUCCCCUCCGCAGAAAGGGAGCGUCCUGAGCCUUCCUGAGCUCCCAGCCCAGGCCGACCCCUGUCAACCUCUUGACCCCAUUCCCACCCUCCAUUCAAGUCCACCUCAGGCUCAGGCCACCAGCUGGUCACUCACAGGCGAGGCAGUCCCCCCUGCUCCUCCUUUUCCAACCUUUAACCUUUCCUUGCACCCCGUACCAACCCUUCCCCCACUCCAGGAAAGUGCCCCAGAUUGACACCUGCUGGUCUCCACCAAUUGCCAGGACCUUUUUCCGCUGGGGGCUUCCCCCUUCCCCAGUGUCCUUCAAAUGAAGAGAAAGAACAAUCCGAGUGG